GAGGGAGGAGGAGGGGUGGCGGCGCCGUGGCGGAGGAGCAGGAGCAGGAGGGGGAUGGAGAGGAGACGGCUCCUGGGUGGCAUGGCGCUCCUGCUCCUCCAGGCGCUGCCCAGCCCCCUGUCAGUCAGGGCUGAGCCCCCGCAGGGUAAGGAAACCUGUGUGGGUACCAACAAUCAAAGCUACAUCUGUGACACAGGACACUGCUGUGGACAGCCUCAGUGCUGCAACUACUACUAUGAGCUCUGGUGUAAGUCCUUGUCCAGGGGGUUCUUGGCAUCCCAGGGUCCUGGUUACUGCCCCUGCUCCUUGGGAAACCGCGGGCUGGCCAGCCUUUUCUGAUUCUCUUGGGGACAGUGUUGGGUUCUGGCUAGUGUGGACCAUCAUCAUCAUCCUGAGCUGCUGCUGUGUCUGCCACCACCGCCGAGCCAAGCACCGCCUUCAGGCCCAGCAGCGGCAACAUGAAAUCAACCUGAUCGCCUACCGGGAAGCUCACAACUACACAGCGCUGCCUUUCUACUUCAGGUUUUUGCCAAACUAUUUACUACCUCCUUAUGAGGAAGUGGUGAACAGACCUCCAACUCCUCCCCCACCCUACAGUGCCUUCCAGCUACAACAGCAGCAGCUGCUGCCGUCUCAGGGUGGCCCUGUGGGUGGUAACCCGCCAGGCGCUGACCCGCCCCAGGGCUCCCAGGGAGCCCAGAGCAGCCCUCUGUGUGGAUCCAGGAGAAGCAGCAUGAGGCCCCCAAGUGGCGCUGACCCUCAGCCCUCUGAAGCGCCCGCUGACCGGGCGGCCGCCAAAGCCCCCGGGAUGGAGUCCAGUGGCUCAGUGGCCAGCCAUCAGGAGCUGGCCCCGGGGGCCUUCCUGGACAGGGAUUCCGAGUGUAAGGAGGAGCUCCUGAGAGAGUCAAGUCUGGAGCCUGGUAGCGCACCCUCCGACAGCAAAGACAAGACACCUGGCAGACAUCGCCGCUUCACAGGUGACUCGGGCAUUGAGGUGUGUGUGUGUAACCGGGGUCACCAUGAUGAUGGCCUCAAAGAGUUCAGUACACUCAUAGAUGACGUCCUGGAUGGGCCCCUGGACUUCUGUGACAGUUGUCAUGUACGGCCUCCCGCUGACGAAGAGGAAGGGCUCUGCCUGUCAUCUGAGGAGCAGGCUCGAGAGCCGGCUCACCCCCACCUGCCACGGCCGCCUGCCUGCCUGCUGCUAAACACCAUCAAUGAACAGGACUCUCCGAACUCACAGCACAGCAGCUCCCCUAGCUAGAACUGGCCCUGCCUGCACCCGAGAGCUUGACAGACAGCCAGGGUAGGGACACCCACAAGAGAAGCAUUAAGUGACUUCAGAAGUGGUGGCACAACCACUUUGUCUUUUCAUUUUUUCCCUCCUGUCCCACUCUGACCACGUCUCCAGGUACAACAAGUCUGGAGUGUGGAUGCCUCCUCCCCCACAAAAGCACAGUGUUGUAGGAG